UCAGAAUUAACUACGUCAUCGUCAUCAUCAAAGCAGAAAAUAUUUGUUGGAGCGGUGGUUUUUGGUUGCGUCGUUUUUGCAGUGUUUUUUGGAAUUGGCAUUUAUUGUCACCAGCGAAAGAAGAAGUUAAGAAAAGGAGCUAAAUAUGGUCUUGAUUGCAGUCCCCAACAAAGCGAGAUGGCUGUGGAAUACAUUGCACAGGACCCGUCCGUUGUUGGCUUCUCACCAUCCCGCGAGUUAACUGUUCCACUGAUGCGUCAGGAAAAUCGUAACCUCACUAAGGUUUCCGAAGUAGACAUGUCAGUGAGCGAAAACUGGGAGAUCGACAGAGAACUUAUCAACCUGCAGGAAGUUCUCGGAGAAGGCGCGUUUGGAAGGGUCAUGAAGGCGGAGAUGUUUGGAAUCCCCGAUAUGCCUUUCAGAUGCCAUGUCGCGGUCAAAAUGAUAAAAGGUGAGUUUGUAUUUAGGUGUUGUCUACAAAAGCUAGCUUUGCCAUUGCAAUCAUUAAAUUUUGUAUUUUUUCCGGCAAUAGAAAGAAGUCAAGUCGGGAAAGAGAACAGGAAAAGGAAAAGAAUAAAAAAGUAAAGAAAGUUAAAAGAAAGAGAAGAAAAGGGAAAAUAUUAAGACUCAAACCAAGGACCAGAAGCAAAUAGGGUCAUACCGACAGACCACGAAACCAAAGAACAGAUGCUAUUAGGGAGCUUACGAAUUGACGACUUUCGCACGACGACGCCGUUGGACUGCGUGAAGGACUUACUGCGUAUGCUUAUCUGGGCACUUGUCGGCGUCGCGCAAAGUCGACGCCGUUGUUGACAGCGAUUCGCCGGCGUCCUAGAAAAAGCAGGACGUGAGACUAAUUUUCAAAGUUUUCCCUACAUACUUCAGGGGAUUUUCCAGAUAAUUCAAGUAUCACAUUAGGGACAUGUUCUUUGCAUAUGUUUUCUAUUUGUUUGUUUGUUUUCAUUGGAGUAACGACCCGAAGAAUCAACACCAUAGUUAGCUGUAGAAAGAUAUAAAUUAACACCGAGUGAAACCACAUUGGCAAGAUGGUACCAAAGCUACAACUAGACCAUUGCAAACGGUUGUCUCAUCACAGUGACUACAGCUGUUCAGCAAGGUUAUAAAUGCUCCACCUGUAUAUAAACGCGCCUUGCAUUCGUCCUUUGUUGUCUCGUCUAAAUCCGUGGUUAACUCUGAGUUUGUUGAUGAAACGCAUAAAAGUAAAAAUACAGUGAAAUACUCGGUCCUUUAUAAAUCUGUUUCCAUAAGUGUCUACAAUACGAGCUCUCGUUUCUCUUAUGAAUUUAGACAUUUUGGUUGAACAAAUAAGCUUACUUGUGAAAAGAAGAAAACAAACUUCAGAAACGGCGGGAAAAUUUGCCUGCCGCGCGCCCCAACGUCGUCGUCUUUACUACGAAUCGCAAAUUCAAAUUUCUACAGGACGGCAACGCAGAACUAUGACGUGACCCAGCGGCGACGUCGUGCGAAAGUCGUCGAUUCGUAAGCUCCCUAUUUACUCCAAAGGGCGCCGCCUCUCCUAAGCGCGGCACUUUGGAGUAAGAUUAGGGAGCUUUUAAAAGCAACGACGACGGCGACGGAAAAAAGAACGGAAAAAAGCAAUAGGUUUAGAUUGGCAAAAUAACAACUAUACACGACGUGCAUUACACUUUUUUCGACAUUUAUUUGCCGUCACUGCACGACUACGACGUGAAAAUGCCUAUUUAACGUUUUGUGGAGAACGUGAACACAAGACAAAGACUUUCUUUUUCUUUUCUUUAACUUUGAUACAGUCUUCUAGAAAUCAACUCAAGAAAAAAAAACUGCCAUCAUUUGACGAAUUGAACGAGAUGAAAUAAGCGCGAAAAAAGUUUGAAGCAGCGCGACAAGCCAUAGCCGCGGUGGGCCACGGGGUAAGACAUCAGUGGCCUAGCGCAGGUUUUGUAUACACACCCGAGGAAGGCACUUCCCUUAAACAUUUCGUAGCCGCUAAUUCUCCUACUGUGAUCGGGCUAUAGUUUGGAAAAGGAUUCUCCAAUCUCUUCCGAUACAACUACCGUGACCCCCCUGUCUAUUUCCAAGAACGAAGUAUUCAAUCUCUUGCUAAUUAAUUGUGAGAUGGAUUGAGCAAGUGGAAUGCUUUAAAAAUGUAUGCCCCACUGCAAAAUAGCGACUUAAACUUUGAUACCUUGCCUAAGUGAAACAAAAGAACAACAACAAGACAAGAAAACUAUGAGACAAAAAUAGGCCGGUACUCGUGGUUUUUAGGCACUUUUACACUAACGUGUUCGAAAGUGUCCGCCUCGAAAGCCCCACAUCCAAACCAUGGUUUUUGCGUUGUUUCUACCUGCAUGGCAAUGAGACUUCGCAGUCGCCAGGUUAUUCUCAGAUAUUUGUAUUAUUUAGCGCGCCUACUCCAAGUAACAGUGCUACUUCCGUCUUUUCCCGCCAUUUUUGACUUGUUAAAUAUACAAGUGUUUAGAAACUUAAUGGAGGUCUUCUAAAACCUCCAUUUUUGUAGUAUGAGCACAAGGCCAGAACGCCCAAAAACGCUUGCGUUUUCAAACGAAAGCAAACUAGCGAGGUGGAGGGCAUAUAAUACUUAAAUAUUUUAAAUUAGGACUGUAAUGUCAAUCUCCUGCAUUUCAGAGGAUGCCACGGAAAAGGAACACACAGAUCUUGUAUCAGAGUUGGAGCUAAUGAAGACCAUUGGAAAACACAAGAACAUCAUCAAUUUGAUUGGCGCCUGCACUCAAGGAGGUUAGUUGACGGAGAAAUUGAGUGGAGAAAUUGGAGUUCUCCCCUACCGAAAACAAGAAAAAUAUGUCCCUUCUGUAAACUUGAAGGUACACUCUUUGCCAUGCUGCGGAAUCUUUUUGUUAUAACGUUAUGGGUAACAUUGAAAAUUGGUGAUAAGAACGUCGUAUGCAGCCUUCAACCAAAAAGUAAAAGCACUUUUAUUCAAUUCUGCACUUGUGAUUGCUUAAAUCACAAUCGGUAUUCAGAAGUUAUAUAUUACUUAACCGAAGAACAUUGCAGAUCAUUUCAGCAAGACAAAAAAUAGAAUUCCCAAGAUUUCGCAAAAUUAGACGUGUUUUUUUUUUUUUUUAAAAAGAAUGCAUUUUUACAAUGCUAAACUGGUAUUGUUCCUUUUCCCCUUCAGGUCCACUGUAUGUAGUUGUAGAAUUCGCUCCAAAUGGUAACUUAAGACAAUUUUUGAGAAAAAGGAGGCCAACCAGGGAAAUCCCCACAACCUUAACUGCAUUGAGAGAGAGGAGGCCAGCCAGAGAGAACAGUUCAACACUGACGUACAUGGACCUGGUUUCCUUCUCUUAUCAGGUCUGCAGAGGAAUGGAAUAUCUUUCUUCGAAAAAGGUGUGUGUCAUCACUAAAGAUGUGGUAUUUUUCAGAUGACUGCCGGAAUAAGUGAGAGUCUUACUCACACUAUGCACUGCGUGAAAUAAGUGAUUUACUGGAAUUUGGAAAUUUGGAAUGUGUGUGCGUAUGUGGUGUGGGUAUUGAGGGGUCAGUGAUGUAGUUUUGGCAAGAAUCCUUUCCAACACAACUUUAACUGUGAAAACAUAUCACGAUGUUAGAUUCCUUUUGUCAUUGUUCUGUUCAGUUUUGUUAUUUUUAUUGUUCAGGUUGCACUUAAGUAUUUAUCAAACACAGCGGGCGCUGCUUCGAGUUUUCGCGAGCUACGAGUUACCAAGGGCUCGAUCUUCAGGAAGCCAUUGAGUAUGCAUGAAAAGAGAAGUCAUCAGCUAAGGCUAAGGUCAAUAACAAAUUUCUUAUCUUGUUAUUAGUGUAUUCAUCGUGAUCUUGCGGCCAGAAACGUUUUAGUUGCUGAGGAUAAUACCAUGAAAAUUGCCGACUUUGGUCUAUGUAGAGACGUGCAUCUAAAGGGUUAUUACAGGAAAACAACAGACGUGAGUAUUCCAUAGUAUAGUGUCCUUGAAGCGCUUAAAAGACCCUAAAAAUAUGGUUGAUUUUCAAACAAGAGGGUACACUUCUUCAAUGAAUGCCCCCCCUCCUUUCAAGAAGAUACCGCAUUGUCGUAAGAGAAAAUUAAUUUUCGUACCGCGUGUUAUAAUACAGUUAUCAAUUAGUUACAAUUUUCAUUUUUAUUUCCCGUCCAUGUGCUUGUGUCAUCUGUACCAUUGUAAAAGAACUUUCGAACCAUCCUUUCCGGCCUGCCUUUGUGUAUUGCGCGCUGUUGUUUCGAUCAGCAAGUUAAAUGAUAUUAAACGAAGUAAAUUUCAAAGGUUUCUUCUUUUUUGCCUUUUUUGAACAACCAGAACGUUACAUUGAGCUGCCUUAUGACUGGAUCAGCAAUUUUGUCUUUCCUGAGCUUAAAAUUUCCAUUUUUUAAAAAAGAACUACCCUGUUUACAUGACGGAGGGUGCCCCUUAUUAGUAGGGCCAUCCUGGGUAGUUGAGUUUCCUUUCUCCUUUGUUUCACGCAGUUCGUUUUACAGGUACGGGACGGUGCCUCUUGGAGUAGGUAUUCCCUACCUUCUUUCUGCAAACUUGAAACCUGACGAAUAUUUUCGUAGAUAUCAACUCGAAAGAAUGGCAGCAAACGAGCCUGACAGAAAGCAUUUUACGAAGGAGGCUCAUACCCUCGAAGUCAAAAUAAACGAAAACCAGUCCCAGAAAGAGUGCGAGAAAUCUGCAAUCAGUAAUUAAGCCCUCCGAUGUAGGAACUUUUCUGCUCAUGUAAAAUCUCUUGAACCUGUAAGGGAGGGUGCCACUUCCAUGUUAAACCUACUUUACGAAAAGAACGGCAGAAACUUCAAUGCUGGGAGAUAGGGUUCCCCUGACCUCUAGAGGCACCCUCUUUCCAUGUCACACAGGCUCUAAUUCAUGGUUAUACUGACACCAUUUGUGUAGAGGGCCUAAAUGUAAUAAACGGUCCUAAAUGUAAUAAAGUCCUAAAUGUCAUAACAUUUUGUCCUAAAUGUAAUAACAAUUUGCCCUAAAUGUAAUAAACUCUCAAGCUGCCAAUUACAUUAAUUACUCGAAUAAGCCCUGCCCUCAAAUAAGCGCCGCAUUUGGAGGGGGUGGGAGAGUUAAUUAGCACCGCGGCGCUUAUUUGAGUAAAUACGGUACUAAGCGGUAUUGCUAUGGUAUUAAGCUCCGCUCUCAAAUAAGCGCCGCAUUUUUGGAGAAAAAAGUUAAUAAGCUCCGCGGCGCUAAUUCGCGUAAAUUCGGUACAUUUCCUUAUGCACUGUGAAACUUAACGUUUACAAAUAAAUUGCUUGUAAACGGCAAAGUAACAGUAUUUUUCUAAAAAAAGCAAUAUUUAAGCGAUAGAAAACUUUUUUCCUGUGUUUGAAUAGCCUGAUAUAAACACUCGAGGGGUUGGGAGAAUUCGAGACAGUUAUGCAAACCCUCGACGUCGUCUCAGGUUUGCAUAACUGUCAAGAUCGAAUAAAGAAUAAAGUGCUAAAUGUAAUAACAUUUUGCCCUAAAUGUAAUAAACUCUUAAGAUACCAAUUACUGUAUUUAUGCGAAUAAGCAUCUCUCUAAAACAAGCACAGCAACUGGGAUAAAAAGUUAAUAAGCGCCGCUGCGCUUAUUUGCGCGCGUAAAGACGGUACAUUACCAAUUACCAUAUUUACACGCAAAAGGGCCGCCCUCAAAUAAGGUUUUUAAGGAAGCCCUACCUUCGUUUGCGUUUGUUGCUGUUGAGAAAAGAUGACAACAGUGACAAGGCGGAAGAGGAAAUAGAAGAAGAAUUGAAAAGAACUUCUGAAAUAAGAAGCCUUGCUAUAUAGGAAUCGACGGAAUUGUUUUUGAUGUUGGAAUGCUUAUUCGCAACAGGCUCCUGACUUAAUAAUUACAUAGUUUUCAAGAAAGUCUAGAUUCGUUAAUUAAAAGUUAUUUUUAAAAUAUUCUUAUUAUAUAGCAUUGAUCAGUUUACCUGUAUUACUGCACCCUGAAAAAAUUGUCGUAUCUCAAAUGAAUGAAUGAAUGAAUGAAUGAAUGAAUGAAUGAAUAAAUGAAUGAAUGAAUGAAUAAAUGAAUGAAUGAAUGAAUGAAUAAAUGAAUGAAUGAAUGAAUGAAUGAAUGAAUGAAUGAGUGAAUGAAUGAAUGAAUAAGUAUACUUAAUAGACAAGAAACUGUUAUGUGUCGCUUUGUAGAAAUUUAUUCAUAAACGUGAAGUUCAACGUUGCAUAUUAAGGAAAUAUAUCAGUACAGUUUUCCUCGAAUAAGGGCCUCGGCGCUCAGUUACUUUUUUCUCCCAAUGGUGGCGCUUAUUUGAGGGCGGCCCUUAUGCGUGUAAAUAUGGUAAUUGGUAAUGUACCGUCUUUACGCGCGCGAAUAAGCGCAGCGGCGCUUAUUAACUUUUUAUCCCAAUUGCUGCUCUUGUUGUAUAGAGAUGCUUAUUCGCAUAAAUACAGUAAUUGGUAUCUUAAGAGUUUAUUACAUUUAGGGCAAAAUGUUAUUACAUUUAGCACUUUAUUCUUUAUUCGAUCUUGACAGUUAUGCAAACCUGAGACGACGUCGAGGGUUUGCAUAACUGUCUCGAAUUCUCCCAACCCCUCGAGUGUUUAUAUCAGGCUAUUCAAACACAGGAAAAAAGUUUUCUAUCGCUUAAAUAUUGCUUUUUUUAGAAAAAUACUGUUACUUUGCCGUUUACAAGCAAUUUAUUUGUAAACGUUAAGUUUCACAGUGCAUAAGGAAAUGUACCGAAUUUACGCGAAUUAGCGCCGCGGAGCUUAUUAACUUUUUUCUCCAAAAAUGCGGCGCUUAUUUGAGAGCGGAGCUUAAUACCAUAGCAAUACCGCUUAGUACCGUAUUUACUCAAAUAAGCGCCGCGGUGCUAAUUAACUCUCCCACCCCCUCCAAAUGCGGCGCUUAUUUGAGGGCAGGGCUUAUUCGAGUAAUUAAUGUAAUUGGCAGCUUGAGAGUUUAUUACAUUUAGGGCAAAUUGUUAUUACAUUUAGGACAAAAUGUUAUUACAUUUAGGCCUUCUACCAUUCUCUUUAUGUCAAUUUUGUGAUACAUCUUCAAUUAGGGACUUCUUCCAGUCAUAUGGAUGGCCGUUGAAUCCCUCUUUGAUCGCAUCUAUAAUACACAAAGUGACGUGUAAGUACCUUGAAAUGUUACUUAGUCACAGCUAAGUAGUGACAUAUAUGAAAUGCUUUUUAAUGAACCUGGUGUAAUUUAAUUGUCGUAUCUCAAAAUUUAGCAAAAUUCAGCCAUACGAAAGCCUUCAAACAAGUUUUCCAUUUGUAAGAUAUCAUAAGCGGAUUGCAGUUGAGUUUUUUUAAAAAACUGUUCAGUCUAACAGUUUCUUAAAGUUUAAAUCGGUUGUGCUAUGAAUUUGAAUGAUCACACGCAGGAGACUUGUUCUGAAGCUGAGGUUUUGCCAUUCAGGCGAUAAUUUCUUCGCACUGAACGUUUAAUUUCAAAGUGAAUAAAUAGUAAAACUAAACAAACUGGACUAAAUUUCCUCGACACCGUUUAUAAACCCCAAAGGUUUUAAUUUAUUUUCUUUCCUCUUUCAUCAGGUGGUCCUUUGGAAUACUCUCAUGGGAAAUGGUUACUUUUGGUACGUAAGUGGCAUUUCAUGUUGACGAGGAAAAAAGAAAAGGAACAUUUCCCAUAAAAUAAGAAGGCCUUUUCCUUACCAGGAAAAUACCAUUUACACGUUUUUAGUGGAUAAUAGUCACAAUUCAUUAAUAUCUUUUAAAUGCUCUUUUCUAGGAGGGUCUCCAUAUCCCGGCGUUCCUCUAGAAACUUUGUUUGAGCUUUUAAAUCUGGAUACCGAAUGAAAAAGCCACUCUGCUGUCCAGAAAACAUGUAAGUAGCCAAAACAGCUUCAAUUAUCGUGGUGAAUCAAAAAAAGAGUCCCACCCGAGGCCAAAGUAAGACAACCAACAAGAACUACUGGUACUCUCAAAUUGAAAUGUAUAAAGAUGUAGAAUAAAGGAAACGGCCACAUGGUCCCUGCUCCCACAGCCUCGCUUUCAUAAGUUAAGAAUAUAUAUGAUAAGGUCGCAGAUAGCAGCAACGGCCCUCUCGCUGUCCCAAGAGAAAUUGAAAACAAUGCUUAUGCAAAAUUUUGGGGCAAACGAGGUGUGUUUUUGGAGACGUGCAAGUGGCGAAUGGAAAAAAAGAAAAAAAAGACAUCCGGUAGUAUUGAAAAAUAUAUUGUGCGUGUUUUGGGUUUUUCUUGAUUCCUUAGGUAUCAGAUUAUGUUGAAAUGUUGGCAGGAGUCACCGGUGCAAAGACCUACAUUUGAGGAACUGGUCAAAGAGUUCGAUGCUAUGUUAGUGUCACUAUCAGAUAGAGUUGACUCAACACGUCAAUUGGAAGAGGUAUAAAUGGGUUCACUCCUUACUAAGUCGGCCAAUAUAGUGAUCACAUACCGUAAGAGUGAGACAAAAGUGAUUUGAAGCCGAAUUUCAAUCAGAAAGUCGGUUGUCCGCAAGACAAGAGUUACCUGCACUCAUACUAGUCGGUUUAUACGUUAGUCCAUCUUAAGUCAGUUUAACAAUUUAAGUCCUGUCUAAUUUCUUUAGGACGGAUAUAGUUGAGACCGGAACUACAGGGUUCCUCUUUUCCCUGCGCAUGUUUCUUUCAUUAACUGCAAAUGAACCCAUUCUGACUCCUGAAUCAGUGGGAUUACAACCUGUACAAAUAAAUAAAUAAAUAAUAAUAAUAAUGAUGAUGACACAAUAACAACAAAAAGUAAACAAAUGAGAAAAUCUGACAUACGUCUCUAACAAGUCUCAGUUGAUGUCAUUAGAGCCUUGUGGCUUAGUUUACGUGAUUCAUUACUUAUUACAGGAAGAAAUUCAUCAGGAAGCGUCGCUUAUGAUUCCAUUGGUAACAAGAGCUUCAAAUUCCGCGUUAGUGUCGCCGUCAACUCCGCGAAACACUGGAGGAACUGAACAUGAAAUGGAGGAUGAUGGUAGGGACAAUAACAGCGUGUCCCUGAUCAUGAUACCCACAAUAUUUGGGAAGUCUGCAAUCCAUCGAUGCACACGAGACAAUUAAAAAGAGACCAGAAACUCCAGAGCCCUAAGAUAGCUGGCCAUAAAAAGGAAACAAGCGAUGCAACUUUUCCUCGGUUACCAAUAGAGACUGACGUGUGACAAUAGAUUAUAAAGAAGUGACAUCGAAUGUUGUUUGAUCAAUUACGUUUUUUAGUUGCUGAACUACAACUACGUUUUCUUUUUUCAGUCGGUAAAAAUAAAGAAUUUUUGCUCAAUAUUUUAAAAUGUUUUUUAGAAACGAACAUACCGAGGGCCUAAAUGUAAUAAACGACUGUUUAUCGUAAUUCGUAAUAAUUGUAGUAAUUUAUAAUAACUGUGGUAGUUUGUAAUAAUUUAGACGUAAUUAGAUAGUAAUAAUUACAAUAAUCAUGAUAAUAGGGAUAAAUAAAUCCUUUAUUUGUCUUUUAUGCUCAGGGGGAAUUUUGUGUCUUAUUCAGCUACCCUGAUGGAGGGGUGGAACAAUUUUGGGCCAACUCCCCUCCUUCUGUCGAUGUUUGUUCCUUAUAAUUUACAUUUUCCUUCAUGUAAACAUUCAAACCGGGGGUAUGGUGUUGCAGAGGGUGUGAUUGCCAAAAUCCCUACUGCAAAAGACUGAAAAGACACAUAAACUUUUCAUAAGUGAAGCCAUAUGAAAACAUUGUUUUAGUUAAUUUUUCUGUUGUUCAGUGAAUAACACCUUAAAAAAUGAGACAAUAACUAAAACUACUAAAAAUUGUAUACAAUUUUAUAGGAACUCUGUCAUUUUCAAAGUGAUAAAAAUGUCUCAAAAAAGGUACACGAACAACAAUGGUAUUCCUUGCAAAAAAGCUAAUAAACAUUCACCACAACUAAACAAAUUACAAUUAAUUAACUUAAAUAGAACACGAGAGAUUUUUUAUAUUUCUCCUUCAGCUAUGCAUUAAAGCAUUUUUUGCUUGAAAAUAUUCUACGUACUUUUAACAUCCAAACUCGGGAGGCCUACCCUACGGCGUGGGCCAAGCAAAGGCCUAUUGUAAAUAAUAUAUAGAUUUAGCCGGGGCUAAAAGGUAGCUCCAGUUAAUAAAUUUAUAAUUUAAAUCAAACAAAAAAGCCCGUCGUAAUCCACAAAUCAGUUAACUGGGGAGAUCCAUAUGACUUUUAAGGGUGGGGCUGGGUGAUUUUAGAGAAAAAAGGAUUUGCAAACUGUGCAAGAAUGAAAUUACAUCUAAAAUCUUACAUCGAGUAAAUAGUCUUAUUUGUACACUCAAUAGCAAUCACCUUUGACCACAGUAAACUAGGCUUGAAAAACAAAUUCUUCCCAAGCAAAAUGACGUAUUUAUCCACCUGCACCACCUUUAUUUUAUAACGGUAAUUAGACAGUCCCGAAAUAUAUGCUACAAAGGCCGUAAAGACACGAUAGUCCUUGGUGGCAGGCAAUUUGCACGUUAUAACGUCUCGGUUUUAUCUCUCUGUCUAAAUCGAGUCUAUAGGAAAUAUUUUUUUUGUGUGGCUCGCUACAAGUUUGCUUUACAAAUCUGGUUGCGCGUAAACCAGCCUUUUUACAUCAUCAUAUGCGGUAAACAGAACUACCAGGCAUUGUUUGUUCAUCGUACAGACCUGAACAGGGCCGCCAAUGAUCCCCAGACCGCAAAUCAUCCUCUACCUUAAAUGAUCCCCAACAUCGACCGCAAAUGAUCCCGUGAAAAAUCGAGGAAUGGAAUGGAUCUUAGUUUGAUAUUAGAUGAAAAAUGUGGCUGUUUACAACGUAACUUGCAAGAGAAAAAAAGAACCUUUUCUUCUCGCAUUCUAAAGAAAAAGGGAAGGAGGACACUACAGGGUGUUUCAAAUGUUCGUUCCGAUUUUUUGUUCACUUAACUUUCACUGAUUAUUAAAGAUAACUUUUGUAAACCUAAGCAUGUUAUUCGUUAUUUAUUUAACAUUGACUAACUGAAAUAUUAGCCACCAGAUUGUCUUCCUUUAUGAUUUCUGACAUUUUCUAAGCGGUGAGGUAUAGAAUGUACGAGCUCCCAACGGCGUGUCUAAAUGCACAAUUUUCCAGGUGAAGCGUGGUCGCUGUCUUAGCUAGUCCAGUGUUUUGGGGGCUGAAUCUUUGUAUUCUCAUCAACGAUAAUCCAGGCCCCGGUUGUUCAAACGUUGGAUAACGCUAUCCACCGGAUAAUUCACUAUCCAGCGGAUAAAUAAUGGGGAAACUAAUUGCACUAUCCACUGGAUAGAGAUUUAUCCGGGGAAUAGCGCUAUCCAGCCUUUGAACAACCGAGACCAGAUGGUUACUAGAGGGUUCGCAUCACGUGAGUUUGCCGGCCGGUCGUCCUUUGGUAUAAAGUUUGCAAAUCCUUUUGAUGCCAUGCCUGCAUGAAGUGUGCACCGCCCUUUUUCUCUCAAGGCUUUCCAACCUUUGUUGGUCACAUAUCUCCAUACCGUAGUGCUCGAAACUUUGAUAUUGUGAAGUUGAAGUUUCCUUCAGUUCCUUUCAGUCUUGUUGAAUUAUUACGCAUAUACUUACAGCUUUUUUGAUAACAUUCAUUUACGAAGAAUCUAAACAUGGUAAUGACAAACCAAAAAGCGAGGUAAGCGGUAGUUAUGCGGUAUUAUGGUGUCUUGAGCCUUCUAAGCGCAAAGGCCUAACGCUCACUCACAGCAUUCGUGGAAGGUAGAACAAGAAGUAACUUCACAAGGCUGAAAUCUUUUGAGAAAUAAUCAACGGCUGCUUUGGGGAGGCUUCUCAGAUAUGCCACAACAUCGUUCAAUCCGAAGGCAUGUCCAGCCCUGGCCAUGAAAACCUGAGUUUCUUCAGUUGUUAACUUAGUUCUACACUUCUCAGAGGAGUGGAAGUGUGAAAAAGUCUGUCAAAGUCAGGAUAUUCAGUAUCACACUUUUUCCCUAGUCAUGAACCUCUUAUCAUUCAUCACUUAGUUCUACUCUUCUCAGGGAUGUGGAAGUGUGGAAAAGUGGCGCAUCCAGGGAAAGUGCAACAUUAAACUCAGUUUGUCAGACUACUGCACACUUGCACACCUCUGAGAAGUGUUAAAACCAAGUAAAAGUAAAAGGCGUUUGUGACUGGGAGAAAAGUGCACCAAUAUCCUGACUUUGUUGGACUUUUCCACACUUCGAAACCUCUGAGAAGGAUACAACUAACUAAAGAAUAACAAGGGACUGGUGACUGAUCCCUGUUCAACCUUAGAGCACCAAACUUGGUCAAAUAACCGAUCUCAACAUGACCUUAUAUAUGGUGGUGUCAGUUCAUCGACUAGUUUAAAUUUGAAACCCGCCCCAGCUCCCUACGCAACUCCGAAAUGGCCAAUACCGAGGACUUCUUUACAUAGAGGUUCGUUAUAUCGGGUUUUCACUCUAAUUCGCUAGGGUGACAACUAGCACUUACACGACGGCUGCAAGGGCGGAAAUAACCUAUGAUGGGGCCUAGUUAACGAAAUUUACCCAAAUUCAGCCAUUAGCUAGGCAGCGACUAGUUCCGGAAAUGGGUGAAUUAAUAAUGAGGGAACUAUAAGUACUGUUUUAUAAAACUAGCAGAAGUGUAUUAUCAGGUUUAAAAACACAAAAACUCGAGGCUCGCCUGAUAAUACACGACUGUGAGUUUUUUUGAACGGCUUCAAAAUCUCUGAUAUCGACUCAUUCUUGCAGUAAUAUUUAGAUUUGGGGCUAUUUUGGUCAAGUUUAGCCGUGUCGUUAUCAGAUAUAAAGAGACUAAUUAAACAUUAAUUUCUUUCGGUUUUUUCUUUAUGAUUAAUUAAUAAGUUUUGAAGCGAGCAUUGCAAAUAGACCAAAUAUAAAGGAAGGAACGAAUGGGCAAAAUUAAAGAAACUUGAAGCGGUUUGCAAUCAAUUUUUUCUAAAGUAUAAUAUGUCUGUUGUAUCAAUUUGAAUAACGAUGCUCUGAAGACAUAUUUCUUUGUUCUGAACCAGUGAUUUUAUCUUUUUGCAAGUUUACUGCGACUAAUUGAACUAACCUGCCGUGAAACAGCUUGAAUAACUUCUCCAAUUAUCAGCACUGAGAUCACCUGGGCAGCUGUUUCGCCCUUUUUGGGACUCAUCAGCAUGGCAAGGCCAUCGGGUCUAUGAACGGGCGUUCCUUUAGAAAGCCUGUUUGACUUUUUGAAAUCUGGAUACCGAAUGGAAAAGCCACUCAGCUGUCCA